AUAAGAUGUUCAAGUCACUUGCAGCUCUCUUCAAAGGAAAAAUCACUAGUGCUCUGCUCUUGCCGUAAUACCAAACCUUUUGACUUAUGCUUUGGUGCUGCAACACUGGAAGAAUUGCACACAGGUUCCAGGAAUACCUGUUUUUCAUUUGAGUGAUUCUUUGUGGAUGGAAAAAAAUUGAGUCUUGUUAAUUACCCUGUUUUAAACCUAUUUCUCUAUAGUCCGAACUGCUUAAUAAAUCGGGCCACUUACCAAUGAGCCACACAGCCAGUUCGUGUCAGGAGCUGGUUGAAAACUGUGCUGUGCAUGUAGCAGGGAUGGCACAAGAGGAUAGCCGCCGUGGUCAAGUGCCAUCUACCUUUUAUCAUGGUGCCAACCAAGAACUCGACCUGUCCACCAAAGUGUACAAAAGGGAAUCAGGAAGUCCUUAUUCUGUGUUAGUGGACACCAAGAUGAGCAAACCACAUCUCCAUGAAACAGAGGAACAGCCAUAUUUCAGGGAGACAAGAGCAGUAUCUGACGUGCAUGCUGUUAAAGAAGACCGGGAGAAUUCUGAUGACACAGAGGAAGAAGAGGAGGAGGAAGAAGUCUCUUACAAAAGGGAGCAGAUCAUAGUGGAGGUAAACCUUAAUAAUCAAACAUUAAAUGUAUCUAAAGGGGAAAAGGGUGUCUCUUCUCAGUCCAAAGAGACUCCUGUCCUUAAGACGAGCAGUGAGGAGGAAGAGGAGAGUGAGGAAGAGGCCACAGAUGACAGCAAUGACUAUGGAGAGAACGAAAGGCAGAAGAAAAAGGAGAAGAUAGUGGAGAAAGUCAGCGUUACACAAAGGAGAACGAGGAGAGCUGCCUCUGUUGCUGCAGCUACCACUUCCCCUACUCCCAGAACUACGAGAGGUCGUAGGAGGAGUGUAGAGCCACCUAAGCGUAAGAAGCGGGCCGCAAAGGAGCCCAAAGCACCAGUCCAGAAAGCUAAGUGUGAAGAGAAAGAGACUCUGACCUGUGAGAAGUGCCCCAGGGUGUUUAAUACUCGCUGGUACCUGGAGAAGCACAUGAACGUUACUCAUAGGCGCAUGCAGAUUUGUGAUAAGUGUGGCAAGAAGUUUGUCCUGGAAAGUGAGCUGUCCCUUCACCAGCAAACAGACUGUGAAAAAAAUAUUCAGUGUGUUUCCUGUAACAAGUCAUUCAAGAAACUCUGGUCCCUUCAUGAACAUAUCAAGAUCGUCCAUGGAUAUGCAGAAAAGAAAUUUUCCUGUGAAAUUUGUGAGAAGAAAUUCUAUACCAUGGCUCAUGUGCGGAAACACAUGGUUGCACACACAAAAGACAUGCCUUUUACAUGUGAAACCUGUGGAAAAUCAUUCAAACGCAGUAUGUCACUCAAGGUGCACUCCUUGCAGCAUUCUGGAGAGAAGCCCUUCAGAUGUGAGAACUGUGACGAAAGGUUUCAGUACAAGUACCAGCUGCGCUCCCACAUGAGCAUCCACAUUGGGCACAAACAGUUCAUGUGCCAGUGGUGUGGCAAGGACUUCAACAUGAAGCAGUACUUCGACGAACACAUGAAAACACACACUGGAGAGAAACCCUUUAUCUGUGAAAUCUGUGGCAAAAGCUUCACCAGCCGCCCCAACAUGAAGAGGCACCGCAGAACUCACACAGGCGAGAAGCCCUACCCAUGUGAUGUGUGUGGCCAGCGGUUCCGCUUCUCCAACAUGCUUAAGGCCCACAAGGAGAAGUGCUUUCGGGUGACUAGCCCCGUGAACGUGCCGCCUGCUGUCCAGAUCCCACUUACAACUUCCCCAGCUACCCCAGUUCCUUCUGUGGUGAACACACCUACAACCCCAGCCCCUCCAAUCAACAUGAAUCCUGUAAGCACUCUUCCUCCACGACCCAUCCCCCACCCCUUCUCACACCUUCACAUCCACCCGCACCCUCACCACCCACACCACCUUCCCAUUCCUCCCGUCCCUCACCUUCCGCCACCUCCAGCUCUCUUUAAGAGCGAGCCUUUAAAUCACAGAGGCCAGGGUGAGGACAACUUUCUGCGGCACCUGGCAGAGAAGAACAGUUCAGCACAGCAUCAUUAACAUCCAUCUCCUUAAGUGUGUUCUCCACAAGUUAUGUGCCCGCCUGUGAGUUUGCGGAGAGGGAGUUGGUGAGCACGUCUGUAGCUGUCAGACCCUCGUCAGCCUCCACCAAGAGCUUUGCUAUUGUCUUGGUAAAUCAACACAUCCAAGGAGAUGAGUAAGAAGACUACCUUAAGCUCACAGAGGGAACUGUCAUCUAAACCAGGGGAACCACCAAACUAAAGCCCAAUUUGCUUGCAUUUUCUGGUGACUUUUAUAAAUUUCAAAUAACUCAGACUUGUGGAAUUUUAUAAUUUCAUAUCAGCUGAUGAGGUAUGCUUGCUUUUAUAUCCUGGACUUCUCCUCAAAGAGGGGACAGGCCUGGUUUCCUUUGUACUAAUCGGGAAGGCUGUGAGAUUAAUCCAGAGCAUUAAUUGUAUCACUGUGUAUCGUAAUGAAUUCUUUUCAGCUUUUGGUGCUGGCUACAGAGUUGAGCUAGCCAUGUUUCACAGAAUACCAAGCAUUAUGGAGAAAGAUGGAAAUUUUCUUUGGGUAGCUCUCCUAACGCACUCUUUAUUUUACUACAGAAAUUAUUUUAGAGUUUUUGUAUAGACUUCUUUAGUAGUCUGUUUCUAAAAUGAAAUGUAUUUCAAUAAGCGGUGUAAUUUUUUCAGUGUAGCUGGACCUAUGUUGUAAAAUAGAAAAAAUUUUAUAAUCAUCAAAAUGUGAUUCUUAAAGAUGCAUAUAACUUCUAUAGUUCAAAGUUAUUCUUACAUCCGUACAACUCAAAGGUGCUUCAGAGACGACAUGUGUCUGAAAGGGUCUCCAGACCAGGCAGGUAGCUGCAAAAAUGAGUUUUUGCUUUCAGAACUUGGUGUUAAGUCCUUGGUAGUUUUUAAAUCUCCGCUUAACACUCAAGUGUUUGUUGGACUCACUGACGUGUUCUUGUCCUCCAUAUUUCAUUUGGUUCAGUUAGUGCGUUAAAUGGAAGAUUUGCAAAGUGUUGGACCUUUUCAAGGAAAGUCAUCUGAAGUUCGCAUGUUUUGAAAAUCUGAGUAAAGUUGUUCAUUGUCAAGAGGAGGAAGUAGUGGAGAUUGUUUCAUCCCAGUCACGUCUGUUUCUCACUUCCCUUCGAACUGUGUUCAUGUUCAGCCUUUAUGGGAUGACAAAUUGAAGUCUCAUAAUAUACUUCUUGUUUUGAGGCUUAUUUUUCUAGAAUUGUUAUGAAAAGAUUAAACAGUACACUAAAAUCACAAACAUGAUGUUGCUGAUAGUGGCCAAGAAAUUUGGAGGGGAACACAAAUUGGUUAUGUGUUUUAAAAUGUCUCGUAUCACUGGGUAGAUCCACAAGUUUGAGUUAUUCUCCAACACAGUUUAAAUUGUAGUGAGAGAAGGAAAACUCCUACAUUUUGCUGCCCUGCCCUCUGCAAAUAAUAAUGCAAUAGCAGCUUUCAUAGGUGAUAAGGAGAGCAGCAUCUCUAAAACCUUUGUGCAGGUUACCUUUUCAGGUUUGGGGAACUUCAAAAGAGCACAAUCAAUUGGGAGCUUAUUAUAGAAAGUCUGAACAGAACGGCUAACCUAUAGUUAACUGAUCAAAUCUAUCCAGACUCAGUAUAGCUAAUAAUUUUGUAUUUUUUCAUCUCAGAGAACUGAGUUCCAAAGCUAAGUCUACUUUCUUCCUCUCCUUCUCUUGAUUUUUUAAUCUUGAAAUUUCUUCAUUUUUUUACCCCCUCCAGCUCUUAAAUCACUGCCCGAAUCAGAACCCUGGCUUUUAUUUAUUUUUUAUUUUUAUAUUAAAUAUGCAGGCAUACUUCAAGCACUUUUCUGGCUGAUUAGCUCUGUGGUUGGAAAAAAUGGAACUCUUUCCAUUGCGAUUAAGUCCCUAUUUUUAAAAUAUUGCGUUCUCUACUAGCUCUUUGGUUUAAUAUUUCCAUUUUUUUCUUUCUGAUAAUUGCUUUUGUCUUCUAUAAAUGAGCUUAGAAAAAAUUUGGAAUGAGGCAGAAAAGUAUCUCAAAACACACUUUUCUUUCUGUUUGGGGGUGUAAUUUCUAAAGAAUGUAUUUUAAAUAUCUGUAUACAUUCUUUGAACUCCCAGGUACCUAAACCAAUAAGAAACGUUCAUUCCUUGUUUUUGACUGUUAUGUGUUUAGGGUCUGCCUCCCCUCAUCCCCACAGUCUCCUUCACAGUCCGUGACAAGUUUGUGGAUUCACACCUUUACGUAGACAUAUCGUUAUUUCGUGGCCAAGCCUAUAAUAUUAAAGUGAUUUUUUUGGAGAUAUAAAUUAUAGCUUAGUUAAUUGGCUCUACCUUAUUUUGUUCUAGAUAAAUUUACAGUAUUGGGCAGCAAUUCUGAAUUCUAAACUUGAGACCACUGAAUCAACCAUUUUAUGAGGUGUACUGUAAUUACACUGGAAAAUUCAGGUAGUCAUCUUUGAUUUUUUUUUAUUCAAGUGAAUAUAGCCAUAAGAACGUAUCUGCUACAUAGGAAAACCAGUAUUAAGCAAAUAAUUACCACCACCCUUAACAGAAGCAAAAAAAAAAAAGGAUGAUUAUUAUUUUUUUUAAAUCAGCAUUGUUGCGCAAUGUAGUUCUUAGUGAAAUAUAUUGUGAAACAAACUGGAAACUUCUCAUUUUUUUCGCCCUGUAUACAAGCUUACCUUUUCUCACUUGGGAUUUGUGGUCUUCAGGAAAAUUGCCACAUUAGUGUCAUAGUAUAUGUUUGAGUACUGAAAUGCAUUAAGAAUAUUCCAACUUCAAUGCUUCUGAAUAUAAGAACUGCAGGAUUAAGCCUUAAACAUAUUUGUGCAUCAGGUUGAACAUGCUUGAGACUCAAACUCAGGGUCGAAAAUUUGAUUGGGGUCCUUUACUAAGACAAAAGUCAGCGUGUGGUGUUGUUCUCUCUCACAUAUAGUACAGCACCCCAUUACUUCUUCAGAACUUACUCUUACUUGCUAUCUGUUUAUGGAAAAAGAACUGUGGAGGAGUUUGAGUUCUCAGCCCUUAUCUGUACUUUAAUAAGUGUUUUUAAAGACAAGGGCCACAUAUCAGCAUUAUACAGAUAUCAAAUUGAGGCUGUUUCUCAUUAUUUAAUUUUACUGUCUUCGAAGGCUUGUAUCAUUGCUAGGGUUAAGACUUACUUGAGGAAAAUUCCCAAGGCCUUUCUUGAGUUGAUACUGCCUUUUUUUUUUUUUUUUUUUUCCUAUUUUCUUCUCAUAGAUUUCUCAUUCAAAUAUAAACUCUUCUUUAGCCUUAAUGAAAGGCUGCUUGCUGCUUUCUCAAAUCGAGUCAGGUAAGCUCAUAGUUACGUUUUUUAAUUUGAAUGAAAUGAAUGAGAUGAACAGUUUAAAGGCAUGUGGCUUCAUUUCCACUUAUCUUUGUGAUUUGAUUCUUAUUUUUAGCAAGCAGGGAGGUCACCACAUAAAACUUGAUGGUAGUUACAGGAAACCUUUGCAAAUCAUUUAUGUAUGCUUUUCCAGUCUACCAUGUACGUUACUAUUCUAAAUUCAUGGUUGAGCAUAGACUUGACCGUGGUUGUACCAACUUUUUAAAACCUACAUUGUUGAAAGUACCUUUUCAUUGUGGUUAGACCUCCCUAUAAUUUGAUUAUUCCUAGUAUACUAACUGAAGGCAAAAUACUCUGAAGAGAUGCUUGUAAACUUUGAAUUUUCUACUUCUUGAAAAUUUUUUCGGUUUUUAUGCUUAUUGAAUGGAUAUGUUAUGUUUAGUUUAAUUUUGAUUUCACUGGAAGUUUUAAAUUUUGAGAAGAUCAAGCAGAAUAGAAAUCCAUUGCAGAUGUGUAUUUAUUUACCCCAUCUUGCAGAUUUCAGUUAGUGAAACACAGAUGGUAGGUGGGGUUUUAUUGUAAAAAAAAAAGAAAACUAAAUUUAGAGAAACCUUUCUGUUUGAGCUACUGUACAGAAGAGACAGCCUUUAUUACAUUGCUGAUCCAUAUGAUGAACAUUUUGACGCUGUUCUAGACUGUAUGGGAAGUAUUUAAUGAAAAAAGGGUUAAAUUACAUUUAAGGAUUUUAUCAGCUAUGUACCAUUACAAAAGUCAACUCACUUGGAACUCUUCAGACUAUAAAAUUGAGCAAGUAAAUAUUGGGUUUUAAUUUUCCUUUGCCUAAGCCAAGAUAGGAAAUUUCCCAAAAGAUCAUUUUUUUCAGGAAUGAGAGGUCAUUAGCCAUUAGAGAUAGUGGCAUUAUUAUGCAAUAACAACACCCUAGCUAACCUGCUUCUGUCAUCUGUAGCAUUUAUAAUAGGUAACGAUGACUUUCCAACCCUGGACACUACCUCGUUAAAGCAAACCAGAGAUCCUCUCUACAUUUUCUAUGGAAGCCAUAAAAGUUGCCAUCGAUAUAUCCACUUUCAUAGUUCUAUACUUUUAUACUCUAGACUUUUUAUAGACUUUAUGAUCAGAUCUUUUUGUCUUAGAGGAUAGGUUUUGCAAGAUUCAAAGGAAAAUCAAACUCCUCGAUUGUCCCAACUUUGAAGCUUGAGCUUCAGUAAAUUUUAAAGAACCAGAUAAUGUACUAUUUAUCAAAUUCUUCAUUUAAGUCAAAACUAUUUGCAGAGUUGCCUAUUCGGAAAACAAACUUCACUUUCUUAUUCCCUAAGCAGAAGCUAUAUUGUUGUAAGAAACUACUUAUAAAGUGGAUUUCUACCUUGUUACUCUGUGUAUUACUCGAUAAUGCAUAUACUAUCACAAUAUCCCUGGAGUUUUAUUUCCAUAUGACAGAUCCACGAGUAUACACCUCUCUCUGAUCCUCCAUAAUCUAACUGCAGCUUCAGUCUCUCUCACUCUCUUCCUGAGUGCCUUCAAAAAGCCAGCAUCCUGAAACAUUCUUUUCCUGGUCUAAAUCCUACCUCUGAUUAUUUCAUUCUCCAUGAGUGUUGUGGAAUUCACCAUAUUCCAAUUGGUUUGGCUCAACAAAAUAGCUAAAACCUUGGAUGAGGAUUUUGAACGUAUUUCUAUUUUGUUCCCAUAUGUCAUGUUUGGAUUACAUUUUUAACUUUUAUUUGUAUCUUAUUCACAUAGUACAUCUCUAAUGAUGACAGAUUUUAUCCUCUUCCUCUUCACCUUUUUUCUUUCACCAGAAACUAGUUGUUCCUUUAAAAUGGAGCUAGUGAAUAUCUCUUUUGAAUGUCUUUUUUUCUCAUCCUUGUCUUCUGAAUGCCUCCCCAUUCUGAUUAAGGGAUCCUGAAUGCUGCUGUCGCUAUGCCCUAUUUCUUUAUGCCCUCUCUCUUCCAGAAGCAUUUUGCAAAAUUAUACCUAUAAUUUUAUUUUAGACAGAUAAUGUAAAGGUGCCCUCUGGGUUUAUCAAAAGUCCUUUGUUGGUCUUUGACCUGCUUCUCUCUUCCUCUGUCCCUUCCAGAAGUGACUUCCAGUCACUUCUUUUUCUACUUGUUCUCAUCUAAUUAAUUUUAAAAAUAUGAUUGAUAAUAUAUGAAGGAUGUAAUAAAAAGGGGGUGGCAGUGUGUUCUCCAUGUGAUAUGAGCACCUUAUUAAUAAAACAUCUUAGCAGUUGGCUAAUCUUUCACAGUCGAAACUGAAGCCUGUGCUAUAUGUACAGGUCUCUUGCUCCCUUUCAGUUUUCUUCUAAAACUGAAGAGUCUACAAUGAGAAAAUUGGAUCGAGUUGGUUUUUUAUUUUAAUUGAAUGAAAACUGUUAGGUUGAGUAUUUUGGCCUUAGUCAAAAUCUUUCUUUUUGACAUAAAAUCUCAUGCCUCUUUCCUUAAUAAUACUAAUGCUCAGGUUUUCGAGACUAAUAACCACAUGAAGCGGGGGUCUAAGAAGGCAGCUGUUAAUAAAUUCUUAGUCCUUUUUGUCUUGUGACAGUAUGUUUUGGUAGGACAGUGCAAAAGUGUGACAAUUGGUUAUGUUUGAUAAUGAAUAAAUUCAAGACAUUGGAAGGCUUCCCUGGCUAUUUGGAAUGGGAAGAUGAGUUUACAAAAUGCAAAAGGUAGAUUUCUAUGGAAAUUACAAGGGUUUCUUGUUUUAAAUACUUUUUGCUUUGAUUUACCUUGAUAGUCUCCUAUUAUUGAGCUAGAAGUCUGCCUCUUUUAGGGAGUUACUGGUUACCUAAAGUAACCACCUUGAAAUGUGUGGCUUUUCGGAGUCACAGGCUGUAACAAGUGGAGAGCCACGCCGAGUUCACACUUGGAGGAGUCACAUUCUGGAGACAGACUGUUGGCUUGUGUCAUGUCUUCUGUGAUAGGAAAUGUUUGGUGCAAGUAUCAAAGGGCCUGUGCCCCUGAGAAAUGUCCGCUCCGCUUUCUAGUUCCAGGUUCCUUUUACACUGUUCGAACUCUUCUGGUGAGAUUGAGGGUGUUGCAAAUUACUUGAAAAUAAAAUGAUUUGGGAGACAUGUAGGAAAUGGGAAUGCAGCAAGAAGGGGUAGAAGCUGAAUUUUGCUUGCAUUGUUGGUUUUGCUCAGCCACAGAGCCUGUCUCUGUACCGGGUGUGCCAAAGAAUCAAGGUGUUCUGAAUAUUCAGCAACUCUGAAUGAACACGGCUUCCUCUCUACCUGUCUUUUAUGGGUGAAAGGGCCCAUGUGAUCAGCAGGACAGAGACACCAACUCACAUCAUGCAAAGGACGUGAGGCUGUGUUUAAUUACAUUUGAAGUUGGUGGGAAAUAUCUUAUUCUUUUAGAAUCUCUAACCCUCCUAGAAAUACCUUGUGUAUGCUUGAUUAUUCAACCCAUGAGUUUUUUCAAAAGUGAAAAAGGAACUGUGGCAUAAAUUUGGUGUUUACUUCUAAAGGUGUAUCCCCAAGGAUAUAUGUGCAGCUUCUGAAAAUCAGAUGAGUCCUUCUCAAUCUUCCAUAAUUUUUAAUUUGCAUUUUAUUCAUUUCUUCACAUGGGCUAUGUGAUUCUAUUCCAUCAGCAGUACUGGCUUUGUCCACAAGGGAGCAACAAAGUACUUUAGCUUCUUUAUUCUAAGCCUUCUAAAGAAAGAUCCGCUUUUAAGUCUCUUAUAGAAUGUCAUCCUUUGGUUCAGUGCUUAUUUAUAGACCUUGCUUUUUAAGAUAUUUUCCCUUAUUACUAAGUCCAGUAGUUGCUCACCCUUCAUGAUACAAACAAAGAUCGAUCGGUAGGUCAGAGGUCCUUGUGGAUCAGGCAUCUUAAUUAGCCUUUUAAAAUAAUGAUUCCCUGAGAUUGAAAGCCAGGACUUUCCUAUGGGGGAUCCACUGUGUGCUAAACGCAGAGCGGGAAGGCGGCACAUCUUUCUUCUUUCCUCCAAACCCCACCACCAGCACAGGACCAUCACAUCUCUGAGGAGGACAAGAUGGCAGGGAUAAUUCUGGAGUUUGAAUGAGGAAAUGCUCCACCUGUUCUGCUCCCAAUGGAUGUCUGUUACACCAGGGAGCAAGUCCUGGAGUCAGGGAGGCCCCCGCAGCAUCACUCCUCCCAAUUAGAAUUCAGUGUGUGUCUCCUCUGCCACUUACUUGUUUUAGGGCUCCCUGACCAUGGGUUUUGUUUGUGCUCUGUGCAGCAUCACCGUCACAAUAAGCAGCUCGGUGAUCGACCAAGGGAAAACACCAGACUGUAACUACUUUCCUUGUAGAGCCGGGAGGCAUUUGCACCUGGAAUGGCCUUCAUAACGGAUAUCUGCCUGGCUCCUUUUCCCCAGCCCAGUGUGACCCUGAGCAAUACAGGUAGAUAGAGGUGUCCAUUUGUAACUCCAACACUUGACAAAACAGAAAACGAAAAAAACAAAACUGAAGCUGUGAUCGGUUUGGUAACAGGUGGCCAGGUGUAACUCGUUUGUUUUGUUUUUGUUUUCCCCAACAGUACUGAAAUCACUUGCACUUUUCCUCAUUUCUUAUAGAAAAGAAAAAUCCAGUUUGCUUGCCAGGAAUUGUUUAGUGUUAGGUUUACAAAGCUUAUUGUUGAAUGUUGAACAUUUGUCCAAAGGAGUUUGACAAAACAGAAGCUGCUUGGUCCCUGUUCUGCCUGCUAGGUCAUAAGGGUUAAGGCCAUGUGGCUGGGGUACUUGUGUGUCAAGUCCAGAAGGGGGCAGUGUCCCUCUCCUACCUCUGCCAAGACGCAAUUGAAGGUCAAAUUGACUCAUGUAAGGCAGGUACUUUUCAUGCUGCAAAGAAGUUUAGAAGAGUCUUUCAGUUGGGGAUGUGACAGGUAGGUAAGACAGGAUCUCUUAAGAUGGGAAAGAGACUGGGGAGAGGAGAACUGCUUGGCCCCCGGGAACCGCAGUGGGGCGGGACAAAGCUCCCCUCCUGAAUCUCCAAACUAGCCUAGCUUCCCUGAGUCAUCUUUUUUCUAGCAUCCUGUCAGAUCCCUCAGCGUACUGAUUUUCUCCCUUGUGUUAACUAUACCAAUAUUAUUUUUUUAGCAAUUGAAAUGCACUUUUUUUAUUUCAACUCAAUCAUGAUUUUAAGUAUAAAAAAUUUAUAGACUGUUAAAACUACUUUUUUGUGUAUUUUUAACCACUCGAUGUAGCAUUAUCUAUUUUAUUCUUGUGAGACUCUGGUACAAGGUGUGCCACUUCAUGAUAUUUCCGAGAUGCUGGGCCUUUGGAUGUGUACGGUAACCAACUUAAUGCUAAUGUUCAAAGUAAAAAAAAAAAAAAA